AAGAGGCCAUGCGGCCCUCUACGGGGGCAGCCAUGUUAGGGGCGACCAGGAAGUGGGGCUGCUAGGCCAUGCUGUGGCAAAUGGGGGCCGCCAUGCUGGCGACGCAGGCCGCGAGUCGGCCAAUCUAGCCAGGACCAUGCCUUCCCUGGGCCAGCGGGAAGGCAUGCCUUCCCUGGGCCAGCAGGAAGGCCAAUCUAGCCAGGACUCAUGCCGCUCCUCCUCCAAUUCCGCCUAUCACGGGUCCCCUCGAGAGUCCACGUCCCCAGAUGACCUUCGGAUACAAAGCUCCCUAGAUUCCCAGGUCCAAGCCCAGGCCGCCAGAUCCAGAGGAUCACAGAGACGGGGUUCACAGUCGGACUCAGACUCUUCUCAAGGUUCAAGACCCAGGGGGCAGAAAACUUCGACGUCCUAAACUGCAGCUGGCCAGAGGGCCUCCUAUACGCCUUCCCUCCAGUUCCGCUACUGUCACGCCUUCUGUCCAAGAUUCGAACGACGGAAUCUGAGGUCAUCCUCAUAGCUCCAGCCUGGCCGAGACGUCCCUGGUUCUCGGAGAUUCUCAGCCAGUCAAUACAGAGUCUUCCCCUUCCAGCCAGACCAGACCUACUGGCCCAGGGUCAGAUACAUCACCCAGAUCCCACCUGGCUUCAGCUUCACGCGUGGAAAUUGAGAGGGACAUGCUAACCAGCUACGGCUACUCCUCUGAAGUGAUCGAGUCCAUCCUGGCAUCGAGGCGCCCAUCCACCAUGAAGAUCUAUGAGUACACCUUCAGGGCGUUUAAGAGAUGGUGUAAGAGAAAAAAGAAGGACUUCAUUCAAGUCUCUGUUGCUAUAAUACUCCAAUUUCUCCAAGACGGCUUUGGCCAGGGCCUCCGACCCAACACAAUAAAGAGACAGGUGGCAGCAAUCACUUCGAUACUGCCACACGAACAGGCCGCUGCGAUAUCACACCAUCCUCACAUUAGGAGAUUACUCAAGGGAGUUUCCAACAGGGCGCCCCCGACAAGGCACCGAUUCCCAUCUUGGGACCUACACAAGAUUCUUCUAGCCCUGACGGUACAGCCAUUCGAGCCGCUGAGGGAGGCGUCUCUCAAGUUCCUCACCCUCAAGACGCUCAUCCUUACAGCGCUCACAUCGGCCCGCAGAGUAUCAGAGAUCGGGGCGCUGUCGGUGAGAAAAGAGCUCUGCAUCAUUAGACCUGAUUCCGUUGUAUUGAGGCCUGACCCGACCUUCAUCCCCAAGGUUAAUUCGAUUUUCCACUCAUCCCAGGACAUCGUCUUGCCCACUUUCUGUCCUCGACCAACCGGUGAGUUAGACAGGGCCUGGCAUACCUUGGACAUGCGCAGAGCCAUAAAAAUAUACCUCAAGAGGACUGCGACCUUCAGAAAGUCAGAAUCACUUUUUGUCUCCUUCCAACCGCGAUCCAUGAGCAAAAAGGUAUCAUCGUCGACGCUGUCAAGAUGGAUCAAGCUUUGCAUCCUCGAAUGCUACAAGGUCAUGAACCUACCCCCGCCAGACGGCAUCUUGGCACAUUCCACCAGAAGUGCAUCCACCUCGGCUGCUUUCUCCACUAAUGCACCCCUGGCAGAGAUCUGCCGAGCUGUCACCUGGAAAACUCCCUCCACGUUUGCCAGGCACUACAAGCUCGACAUAUUCCAGUCGGCUGAGGCGGCCUUUGGCCACAGGGUUCUUCAACAAGUAGUGCCCGACUCCACCAAGGCAUCAACAGGCCCCUCCCUGGUUGGGUCAGAGCUUUUGUAAAUCCCAACAUCAGGAUGCUCGGCACCCUUCUCUGCUGGGAAAUGGUACGUUAGUACUUACCUGAGAGACGUCCCUUUCCAGCAGAGAAGGUCCGGGCAUCCUUCCCACCCUGUCUACCUGCAGACGCCUAAGGGUCAGGGUCGGGACACACUGUUUUCUCCUUCUUUCUCUCUCCUCUGAGCUUCAGGCCUCUGCCUUCUAGAUGCCAAGUCUGGUCACCAAUGCAUUUCAAGAUUAACCAGUCGCUGGGCUGGUCACUGACUGAGGUCUCUGGGGGUCGCUCCGCGCAUGGAGGCGGGGCCGGGCCCCGGGCCUCUGUUUGAAUUUUUGUCCUGCCUCCAGGAGCCUUUGCAGGCGGAGCUA